AUGGGAAGACACUGGAACUUGUUAGCCGUUUUGUGCGCCAUCGCAAUCUCUUCAAUUAAUACAGUUGAAGCUUCAGACCAGAAGGCCAGGAUAGUAUGUUACUUCAGCAAUUGGGCAGUUUACAGGCCCGGAAUAGGCAGAUAUGGCAUAGAAGACAUACCAGUUGACUUGUGUACCCAUAUAGUUUAUUCUUUCAUCGGAGUAGACGACAAAGACUGGAGCGUGCUGGUCAUCGACCCGGAGUUGGACAUAGAUGACAAUGGUUUCAAAAAUUUCACAAAUUUGAGAAAAACUCAUCCAAAUGUGAAAUUACAAAUAGCCGUCGGAGGAUGGGCUGAAGGCGGCAAAAAAUAUUCGACCAUGGUGGCCGAAAAGAGGAAGAGAUCAGCCUUUAUUCGCAGUGUGGUUGAUUUCAUGAACGAAUACAAGUUCGACGGUUUCGACUUGGAUUGGGAGUAUCCUGGUGCUGCUGAUAGAGGUGGCAGUUUUUCCGACAAAGACAAAUUUUUAUACUUUGUCCAAGAAUUGCGAAGGGCUUUCAACAAACAAGGCAAAAACUGGGAGAUCACCAUGGCUGUCCCGAUUGCCAAAUUUAGGCUGCAGGAAGGAUAUCAUGUACCAGAACUUUGCGAAUUAUUAGAUGCUAUCCACGUAAUGUCUUACGAUUUGAGAGGAAAUUGGGCAGGGUUUGCUGAUACCCACAGUCCCUUGUACAGAAGGCCACAUGAUCAAUAUGCUUAUGAGAAACUCAAUGUGAAUGAUGGAUUACAAUUAUGGGUUGAUAUGGGUUGUCCAGCAAACAAGUUGGUCGUUGGUGUUCCAUUUUAUGGAAGAUCCUUCACAUUGAGCAACAGCAAUAAGGACUACAGGUUGGGAACCUACAUCAACAAAGAAGCUGGAGGAGGUGAACCUGGACCUUACACUAACGCUACCGGAUUUAUUUCUUAUUAUGAGAUAUGCUUAGAAGUUGAUGAUCCUUCCAAAGGCUGGACUAAAAAAUGGGACGAACAUGGAAAAGUGCCAUAUGCUUAUAAAGGAAAUCAAUGGGUUGGCUACGAAGACCCGAAAUCCGUGGCUCUGAAGAUGGAAUUUAUUAAAUCUAAGGGUUAUGGAGGUGCCAUGACUUGGGCCAUCGACAUGGACGAUUUCCAAGGAGUAUGCUCUGAUGACAAACACACCUUGGCGGUCAUCAUGCACGAUUACAUGAAGAAUUAUAUUGUUCCUGAAUUUGAUUCGAGUCGGAUUACUCCCAGGCCUGAAUGGGCAAAACCACCAAGCACUCCUUCAGAAGAACCAGACGACACACCAUACAUUCCCACAACCCACGCACCAAAACCGAGCCGCAAACCAACCAGAAAACCGAAACCAACAACCACAACUGUGGCGGCAACCACUCCUGUUGCCACAACGACUACAGAACACCAUCACCACCAUCACGAAGAAGAGAAGCCGAGCGAACAGGACAACCAAGUUGGUAGCCAAGAUACUACUGCAACUGAUGUAGAUUGUUCGCAGGAAGACUAUUUGCCUCAUGAGGAUUGCAACAAGUAUUACCGUUGUGUCCACGGAGAAGCAGUUCUCUUCACCUGUCGAGAAGGAACCGUUUACCACACCAUAAGCCACGUUUGUGAUUGGGCAUCGAAUUCAGACCGAGAAAGAUGUCGAGAUUUAAAAAGCGUUCCACCUCCAAAAUUAUUGACUGAUGAAGAAAUAGCUAAUAAACUAUCGAAAUAUAUUGAUUUACCUAUAUUGUAA